AUGGAGCGGCAAAAGACCAAAAAGACCAAGAAUACUGAUCGGGGCGAGAAGUGUAUGCUCCAAGCAUACCGUCAAGAGGCCACCAAUUCUGUAUGGUGUGCGGAAAAGCACAAGAAAUUCACUAGUUUAACAGGUCAUAUACAGGAUAGCCAUGAGGAAUUCGCGGAGAAAUGGGAGAUACAGGUUCUAGUGCACACGGGUCGCGGAAUGCUAGAAAGAACGAAGGAGGCAAGCGUUGACUUCGCGCGGAUACCGGAACCAAGGACUGACCAGAAGUGGGACACGUACGAAGAAAUAGUGGCUCAACUACAAGACGGCGGGGUUCCUAUUUAUGGGGUUUUGGAGCGACAAGUGGUGCUCCGUGAGCGUUAUCUGGCGGCUAAUCCCCAAAUGCAAUUCAAACAGCUGGAACUCAUGGAUCAAGCAGGACCGUCUGCUCAAGGGGCUUCAACAUCGUUUCCAUCGGUGUGA